ACGUGCGCGGGGAGCGCGGGGCUGCUCUCGGGUGCGCUCCUGGGCGCUCGCCACCGCCGCUGCUGCGCCUUUGAGUCAGCAAACUCCGCUGCCCGCGGGCCCUCCCCUGCUUGACUGCCUGGAGCUGCUGCGCAUUGAUCUUGUCCUGUGCUGAAGAUGUUUCCAGAACAGCAGAAAGAGCCCUACUGCCAUCCUGAAAUACAGCUCUGUUUAUGAUGCCCUUACAGGAAUUCGUAAGUGUCUGGGUUCGAGACCCUAGGAUUCAGAAGGAGGACUUCUGGCACUCUUAUAUCGACUAUGAGAUAUGUAUUCAUACCAAUAGCAUGUGUUUUACAAUGAAAACGUCUUGCGUACGAAGAAGAUACAGAGAAUUUGUGUGGCUGAGGCAGCGACUCCAAAGUAAUGCACUGUUGGUGCAACUGCCAGAACUUCCAUCUAAAAACCUGUUUUUCAACAUGAACAAUCGCCAGCACGUGGAUCAACGUCGUCAGGGUUUGGAAGAUUUCCUCCGAAAGGUCCUACACAAUGCACUUCUGCUUUCAGACAGCAGACUUCACCUCUUCUUGCAAAGCCAUCUGAAUUCAGAAGACAUCGAGGCGUGCGUUUCUGGGCAGACUAAAUACUCUGUAGAGGAAGCGAUUCACAAGUUUGCCUUGAUGAACAGACGUUUCCCUGCCGAAGAUGAAGAAGGAAAAAAAGAACACGAUAUAGAUUAUGAUUCAGAAAGUUCAUCCUCCGGGUUUGGACACAGUAGCGAUGACAGGAGUUCACGUGGGUGUAAAAUGAGCGCAGCUCCGCAGGAAUCCUGAAAAAGAAUUCUAAUGUGACCAUCUUAGGAAUAGCAAAUUAUGUCCAGUCAUAGAGAAGAAAGCUCGCUGAUGAUAUAUUCUUACCUAAAGCUCACUGUCAUGAUAUAAGGUAUUUAAAUUCUUCAAGACGUUGGGUUGUUUAUUAGUGCUGUUUUUAUGUUGUCUUAUUUUGGCUAAGCUUCCGUAAAAAGCUAAAAGCCUGCGAUCGCAACACUCUCUUUUAGAGGCAAACAUUAUCGGUAAAACGAGAUCCUGCCCUCAAAUGAAAUGAGUUAUACAUUAAAAAAAAAAAACAACAACACAAAACCUAGUUGGUUUUAUUGACUUUGAAAAGAUAGGUAACUAGAUAGCAUUUAAAACCCAGACAGAGGAUUCCUUCUUGUAUCAAUGGGGCAGUGUUACCGUAAACACAGCUUAGCCACUAUGAAGACGGACAGCCCGGAUCAGACCGCCUCAUUCAGACAUGUGGCUAAUAUUUGGGGGACACCUCCCCCGCACUGGGAAGACACUUUGCUUUUGGGUGUUUGGUCGAAAUACUUUAAGAGCAUUUAACCUUUCCAGUAUUCUAUUUCACACUUAGAUGGGAAAGGAGUUUUAGGAAUAAAAACAUGUUAAAAUAAUGUUUACAUUUUAGACAAAACAGAAAUAGCGCUAGUAAUUUUGCUUAUCUUUGCAAUAUGUAGAUUCAGAAAUACAGUUUCAUUGUCCAAAGUCAGCUUUAACAUACAGUUCCUGGAAACAAAUAAUUUGUUUUCAUUAUCAUUGUGUAAUUAGAAUUACAGGUUAAAGAUUUGAUUUCUGAUGAAAUGUGCAAUUUCUUAUCACUAGAUAACUUUGUCAGUGGUGGUUACUUGUUACUUAUCUUUAAAUUAGAAGUAGUAUCUUAUACAAAUUAAUAUAUUUAAUUUUACCAAUAAGUAUUACCAUAAUUUAGAAAAGGAUAUCAACUUCUCAAUUUCAGAAAUAAUUAUUCAUUUUUUAAAAGCCUUUUCUUUUUAGGUAUCUGCCAGAGAAUUGGUAUAAUUUAGUAAAAAAUUUUUUUCCAUGGACCAAAGUGAAAAUGUCUUAAGUGAUAUUGAAUUUCAAAUUUCGGAUGAAGCAACUUUUUCUUGAGAUAAUUAUCCAAGUUUCUUCCCCGUUGAAUGGUGCCAAAUGUCUCCGAAACUCACAGGAGUAUAAUUUUACGUAACUGGGGUAACUUGUUGCUAUAAUGAAAUGUUACUCCACCUCAUUUUAUUUAGGAGUUUAAAAGUUAUGGUAUCAUUAAAAAGUCUUUGAGAUGUCUGUAACUAAGAAGAAAUAGAAAAAAAUUAAAUUAGAAUAAGAAUGAUUUCUGUAAUUUGUCACUUUUGGUUCUUAUUUUGGUCUAAAACAUUACUGAACUGUUGUAAAUAUUCUGAUUUAAUGUAUUGAAUGUUGUUACUUUGUCAUCUAUCACUCAUUAUUUUAAUACAGAAAAAAAGGUUAGCAAAUUCUUUUUAUUUUGCCAAAAUGUAAAGUUUACUGUCCUGUCAUUUAGGAACGAUUCCCAGCUCUUUGGAGAUAUGUAUUUGAAUUCAUGUUAUUUCUGUUUUUUAGCAGUUUUGAAAAGCAUGUAAUAUAUGCCACCAAUUGUCAUAUUACUUUUAGAUGCUGUAACAGUCAUCAAAAUGGAUAUAAAGUAAUGCCUAAUACUGUGGUGUUG